AUGGACUUGGAGAACAACAACAACACUCAAGUAAGAAAAACACCGGAAAAAUGUGCGAAGAAACGAAAACAUGAAAUUAAAACAGAAGACAAGUCAUGUCAAACCAAAAGACUAAAAUGUGAGGAACUAAACGGGGAUGCCACUCCUCGGCUGCCUCCGCAGAGCCCCAAAAAGCGCUUACAUUUAAAUGGAAAGCCAAAGCACAACAAAGACCGUAGCUUCAUUUAUGGAAACUAUAAGCACUACUAUGGCAAGCGAAUUCUGGACAAGGACUUUCACGACAUUCGCCUCGACGUGCUGGCCACCCAGCCAGAUUUGUUUCGGGGCAAACAGCUCUUGGACAUUGGCUGCAACUCUGGUUACCUUUCAAUUCAAAUUGUGAAGAAUUUCGGAUCCAAGAGUCUCGUGGGAAUCGAUAUAGAUCGCGGUCUAGUCAAUGAUGCUCAAAAAACCAUCAACAACCUGAAGCGAAAGGAAGGCGCCACUGGGCAGGGAUUUCCUCACAAUGUUAAAUUCGUAAAUGGCAACUAUGUCCUGGACGACGACGUCUUGCUGGAAAUCGAGCGUCCGCGGUUCGACGUAAUACUCUGCCUUUCAGUCACCAAGUGGAUCCACCUAAAUUUCUGUGAUUCCGGCCUGAAGCAGGCCUUUCGCCGCAUGUACCUGCAGCUGAGCCCUGGCGGCAAGCUGAUCCUGGAGCCUCAGUCCUUUGACGGCUACAAGAGGCGCAAGAAGCUAUCGGAAAAAAUAAGGGAUAACUACAAUUCCAUUAAAUUCCGGCCUGAGCAGUUCACUGAAUAUCUGCUUAGCCCGGAAGUGGGCUUUAACAAAAUGGAACUCAUGGGAACACCAGAGCACUGCGAAGCAGGAUUUAAGCGACCGAUUCAGAUAUUUACAAAGACUUGACUAAAAUAAAGUGCUCGGAUAUAUUUUAAUAAAUACGAAUCCGAACAAACAGAGCUUUA